GAAAAGAAGAAGAAGAAGAGAAGAAAGAAGAAGGAGAACCGUUGAGUCCGGUGGCUCGCAUAUUUCAUGAGUCUCAUUCCAAUGCCUACAUAACUGUGUUCAUGGGAUUUAAGACUCCUGUCAACCUUACUAUCUUUAAAGCCAACAUAACAAAAACAUUGCUUAAACAUCCUCGUUUAAGCAGUUUGCAGGUUUCAUGCUUUAAGUGUGUGAUCGGAAAUCGGAAUAAUUAGUUGAAUGGAUGAUGUUUCAUAAAAGCUCUCUGACAAGCCAUAAAUGAUUUUUGUCAGAGUAUUGUUUGGAGAGUUCUGAAUAUCAAAACGAGACCGUGAAGUUUGAGGGUUAUGGAUGAGAAAAGAGGUGGAGAGAUGAAAUGGGUUAAAACAGAAAUUAACUUAGACGAUCAUAUUAUAGUCCCAGUCAUUGAUCAUCAAAACAUAGACUGUCCUGACAAGUUCGUCGAAGAUUAUGCCUCCAACCUAAGCAAAACCCAGAUUAGCAAAUCAAAACCUAUGUGGGAUUUUCAUUUUCUCAAUAUUAAGACCUCUGAAGCAGAAUCAACUGUGAUUUUCCGCGUCCACCAUUCAAUCGGCGAUGGAAUCUCUCUCAUGUCUCUUCUGAUAUCGUUCUCUCGAAAAGCAUCGGAUCUUGAGUCACUUCCAACAAUUCCAACUGUAAAGAAAAGAUAUGAAAAGAAUUCUGGUGGUGGGUUUAGGCAAUUCUUGGAAAGGUUAUGGAGGUUUUUGGUGCUGUGUUGGAAUACUUUUGUUGGUCUUGUUAUGAUUAUCGCUACGGUUUUGUUUUUAGAGGAUACAGAAACGCCAAUUAAAGGUUCAGGAGAUGGAUCAGUUCCUCGAAGAUUUGUUCACAGAACAAUCAGUUUGGAUGAUGUGAAGUCGGUGAAGAAUGCUAUGGGCACUACUGUGAAUGAUGUGAUGGUUGGAAUUACACAAGCGGGCUUGUCACAAUAUCUCAAUAGAAGAUAUGCAAAGCUUCUAAAUGUAAAGGAUACAUAUGCAGAAGAGGAUAAGAAAGAAGGUGAAGCAACAAAAAGCAAAAGCUAUCUUCCCAAGAAUAUUCGCAUGAGAGCAUCUUUUAUCGUAAACUUAAGAAAAGAUUCAGGCAUCCAAGCCUUAGAUGAGAUGAUGAGAAAGGGUACAAAAGCCAAGUGGGGAAACAAGGUUGGUUAUGUUCUCUAUCCUUUUACCAUUAAAUUAAGAGACGACCCAUUAGAUUAUGUACGUGAUGCGAAGGUUGUCGGAGAGAGGAAGAAAGCUAGUCUUGAAGCUUUAUAUGCAUAUUUAGGGAACAGGUUUCUUCUUAGAUUUUUUGGGAUUAAGAAGUUUGGGCUUCCAAGUCAAACCACAUUGUGUUUCUCAAGUGUACCUGGUCCUCAAGAGGAAAUCUCUUUCUAUGAACACCCAAUGUCCUAUAUAGCUCCAACUUGUUAUGGCCAACCCAAUGCCUUGUUGAUACACGUGGUAAGUUACGUAAACAAAAUGAAAAUCGUCUUAUCAGUUGACGAAAAUAUAAUUCCCGACCCUCAUCAACUUUGUGAUGAUAUUCAAAAUUCUCUGAAGCUCAUCAAGAAUUCUCUCAUAGCUAAAGGGUUGUUGGCUGAUAGCUAAUUAAGUCCCUUUUGGGAUUUCGAUUUGAAGGCCAAAUUAUUGGUUAAAGGUUCAACCAGAUGAAUAAUGAAAGUAUAAGUUUUAUUUCUAUUUGUAAUUCCAAAAAAAAAAAAAAAAAAAAAAAA